CAGAUCUUAGGUUUCGUUUCCUCCGUUCUGGGCACUUCCGUUAAAACAGUUGCGCUUUCAUAUAAGCCAGUGCAGAUCAUAACCCACCUUCUAUCUGUAGGCUACUUCAGUAAAAAGCUCUCGGAACCAAAGUUAACAAUCAUGGCAAGGAGGAACAGAAAUAGGAAGCAAAUUUCUAGAGAUGAUGUGCGCGCAGUUGGAUUUGACUUUAUAGAGCUGCUGGAGGAAAACAACUGGAGAACCAUAACUGAAAGAGACACUCUCAAAAAAAUCUACAAUGAAAAAUUCCGAGACAGGGAUGGAGUCAAAGACCCAAACUUCUCUACAGUCCUCUUUGUAUUGAAAAUCUGCAAAAAAGCCCGCGUCACCAGAACACAUGCUUUCUUUAACGAGGAUGUCCGAGUGAGGCCUCAUGAUCAAUGGGAUAGACCCCAUCGCAGACAGCAAAACCAAGCUACUCCUCCUCUGAGUAAUGGUAGGUUACCAUCACCCUCUAGUGUGCAGGAUCCUGACCCACUGUCAGAUCCAGGGCCAGAGGGUGGAGUCAGAGCGAGGAGAAAACUGGCAAAAGACAUCCUACGCCGACUGAACACUACAGACAGGUCUGUGUUUAUAGCUGAUAAGAAUGGAGUGCGGGUGUCCUCACAGCGGCAAAUAGAGGAUGGCAAAAUCCAGUUUUUUGUGGAUCGGGGGGAACUUCAUGAGCUGAAGCUGUUUGUGGAGAACACGGGUAAAGAGGCUAUGUACUUCACAUACUACAGUGCUCUUCACUGGCUGCAGUGUUUCACUCUGGAAGACAGCAGGAGAGUCACACGCAACAAUCCACUACAUCUGAAACCAGGUGAAACGUAUGAGGUGACCUUGAAAUUUAUAUCAGAUUAUAUUGGAGUUAAUUUAGCCACUCUGGCGUUUGAGUUUAAGGAAGAUACCCUGCCCACUACCCGUCCUUUCCACAUUGUGCGCUUCAUUGAGGCAGUGUACAGGUCUGAGCUUGCAGCUCAACUGGGUCCUACAGAACCAUUCAGACGUCAAAGGCUUGAGACCAAUGAGCCAAUGAGGUGCAACAUAGAUGAGGGCAUUCCACCUGAGAGUUCUUCCCAAAACUUUUUGAAAUUAGUGGUGCCACUGGACAUGUACCAUCUUCCUUCUUACAUCUCUGACUUAGUCGAGGUCCUGAAAGUCAACCGAAUACAGAGACUCCAUGAACAAAAGUCAUUACUUGAGAGUGAUCUGGAUUUUCUUAACUACAAUAAGCGCUUUGAUUUACUGUUGUACCUGGAGGAGGAUCAAAUGCGUCUGGACAUCAAGAGAUACAACAAAAAAGAUGUAUCCAUGAAAAAGGACGACCAAGACAGACGAUCUAAACUACUGGUCUUAGAGCUCCCUGGUGUAUCAGAGAACAGGCCAUCAGUCCUGAGGGGAGAUCAUCUGCUUCUCACCAAGAGUGAGGAGGUCAAUUUCUCAACUGUGACCAAAUACAAGGGCUACGUCCACAGAGUAGAACUGGAUCAGGUCAAACUGGGCUUCUCCGGAAGGCUGCUUGACGGUUUCAUAGAUAAUAUGAAGUUCCAUGUGGAGUUCACGGUGAAUCGUCUCCCAAUAAAACUGCAACACAGAGCUGUACACAUGGCGGUCCAGCACAACCUCAGAGAUGUUCUGUUCCCCGUAGGCUCAAGGACUGUUACCCCUGUGUCUCCAUCUGCACUGAGACUCUUUGAUCAACAGCUUGAGAAGAACAAUGAACAGAAAACUGCAGUAUGUAACAUCGUGGCCGGUACGUCCAAGCCGGCACCGUACUUGGUGUUUGGACCUCCCGGCACUGGUAAAACCGUCACGAUAGUGGAGGCCAUCAAACAGGUGGAGAAGAAUAUACCCAAUGCCUAUAUCCUAGCUUGCGCUCCUUCUAACAGUGCAGCUGAUCAACUGUGUGAAAAGUUGAUCGCUAGUCGACAUGUCGAUGCACGUAAAAUAUACAGACUCUACGCUAGCUCACGCAAUCCAAAUGACAUCCCUCAAGUCUUACAGGACAACAGUAAUGUGGAAAGAGGAAUGAUUAUUUUCCCAUGUAAAGAGGAUCUAAUGUCCCGCAAGAUUCUGGUCAGCACUCUUGUCACUGCAGGCAGGCUGGUCAGUGGGGGUUUUCCUGUGGAUCAUUUUUCUCACAUCUUUGUGGAUGAGGCAGGACAUGCUGUGGAGCCAGAGACCAUCAUCAGUGUGGCAGGACUGCUGAAUGCAGAGACUGGGCAGCUUGUUUUGGCUGGAGAUCCCAAGCAGCUGGGACCAAUCCUGAGAUCUCCUUUUGCCAUUAAAUAUGGACUGGGUCUUUCGUUGCUGGAGAGGCUGAUGACACAGAAUGAACUUUAUCAGAAAGGUACUACAGGAUACGACAACCGUUAUGUCACCAAACUGCUGCGGAACUACAGGUCUCAUCCAUCCAUUCUGGAGGUUCCUAAUGAGCUGUUCUAUGAUGGGGAGUUGCUGGCAUGUGCAGAUGAGAUCAGCUCCAACCAGUACUGCAACUGGGAGCACCUGCCCAAAAGAGUGAGAAAUCCUGAACACACAAGCCCGGGAUUUCCUGUGAUUUUCCAUGGAGUGAUUGGAAAAGAUGACAGAGAGUCAAACAGCCCCUCCUUUUUCAACACCUCUGAAAUCGACAUCAUCGUGGACUACCUGAAGAAGUUGCUCCUGACACAGGCAAAGAAGGGCAUUGCAAAAAUCUCCCCCAAAGAGAUUGGCAUUAUCGCCCCCUACAGGAAACAGGUUGAGAAAAUCAGACAAGCCCUCAGGAUUACCAGGGAGCUUAAAUCCUGCACAGGCAUUGAAGAGUUGAAGGUUGGUUCCGUGGAGGAGUUUCAAGGCCAAGAGAGGAAAGUGAUCAUUGUGUCAACUGUUCGCAGCAGCAAGGAACUCUUCACUUUGGAUGAAACAUUCAAUAUUGGGUUUCUCAAGAAUGAGAAGAGAUUCAAUGUGGCGGUGACGAGAGCAAAAGCCCUGCUGAUCAUGGUGGGAAACCCCAUCAUUCUAAAAACAGACGCAACCUGGGACAGGUUUAUUAAUUACUGCAUUGAGAAUGAAGGGUAUACUGGAUAUAAUAUUUCCAACUUGGAGGGAACAGAGGAGGUUGUUGAGCGUCUGAUCGCUCUAAACAUCCACAAGGAGAUCACAGUGGAAACGGAGGAGAGCGUGGUCCAGCAAUAUGAAAAUCCUGCAUGGAGACAUGAACAUUAAAAUGAAGUGCCAUUAUUAAAGCCCCUCCCACUCAGGUUCUUAUUAGCAUAACCACACCCCUUUCUGAAGUUAAACUGGAAAAGUUUUAAACUUAGAAGCUUAAUUUUAAAGCAAAAAUGGAACUGUGAUAUAUAAAUAUUGCACUAAAUUUGUAAUUAAUUGUUGUCUAUGAAAUGGAAAUGGAAGUGUCUAGUCAAAGUCUGUCUAUGAAAUGGAAACUAGAAAGACACUUUUUUAAAUUUAUACAUUGUGACUAUAAAGAACAGAGAAAAGGAGCUGUAGCGGUAGGCUUUUCCAUAGAAAGAUAAGGAAACUUCAACACCCAUAGUGCACUUUAGUUUUAACAAAAGCCCUGGAGCUCUCAAAUGUUUGCUGACAAAUAAACGGGGAGAUUUGGGUGCAGGUAACAUUAAAAAAGUAAACAUUAUUCAUUUACAUAGACUACCGACAUUGUAACAAUACUUAAUAAUGUCCUUUAAUCUCAGGGCUCUGUAUGCAAUGUUGUCUAUACAUGUAACACAUGGUUGUUGAAUCACUUAUUACUGACAAUGAAGUGCCUUAUUUCAUAAAUCUUUCAAACAGCACACAUCAUUCCAUUUAAUAAUGCUUAAUAAUUCAUGGUGGUAAUGGUUCUGAUUGUGUUCCCAUUGGUUUGGAAAUUUGCAAAUGAAGUUUACAUCAGUGCAUCGUCAAUAACAUCAUUAAAAAAAAUGUUUACUUAAUUCCAGAGACUUCUGACUGAAGUAAAUAAAAUAUUGUGUAAUGGAUGACCUCAUGUUUAAUUAUACAGUAAAUCAAUGCACAGUCUGGAGACAUGUUAAUGUGCUUCUUCUAUCAACCCUAUCAACAUACUCAGAACUAGGCAUUACAGAUACUUUACUGGAUUAAAUCAUGGUCAGAUCUUUUAAGGCAGACUCCAAAAUGUACUGCAUGCCAUGACAGCUUGAAAAUAAUAAUAAAAAAAUAUAUGUAUGAAAAUGAAAA